AUGGCAGUAAAGGGAUUGGGCGAACUCGAUCAGCAAUACGACGGCUCUAAGCUUCGCGUGGGCAUCUUGCACGCUCGCUGGAACAAGAAGAUCAUCGACGCUCUCGUCCAGGGUGCCGUCGACCGUCUCAAGCAAUUGGGGGUUAAGGAAGAAAACAUCGUCGUGGAACUGGUGCCGGGGUCGUUUGAGUUGCCCUACGGUACCAAGUUGUUUAAGGAACAGCAGCAACGCAAGGGCACCCCGUUGGACGCGGUGAUCCCCAUCGGCGUGUUGAUCAAGGGCUCCACCAUGCACUUUGAGUACAUCUGCGACUCCACCACCCACCAGUUGAUGAAGCUCAACUUCGAGUUGGACAUCCCCGUCAUUUUCGGCGUGUUGACGUGCUUGACUGAGGAGCAAGCCGAGGCCCGGGCUGGGUUGAUCGAAGGCAAGAUGCACAACCACGGGGAGGACUGGGGUGCCGCCGCCGUGGAAAUGGCCACUAAAUUCAAGUAG